AUGAGUUCCUAGAAAGGCAACAUGACUCCGUCCUGACCUCAGAAGCACCAGAAUACAUUCACCUUCAAAAAUGACAAGUUUGAUAAGAGUGUUCAGCCCAAGAAAAGUAAUGCAAAACUUCAUGAUGGAGUAUGCCAACUCUGCAAAGAAGUUCUUGAAUGGGGUGUGAAAUACAGCAAAUACAAACCACAGUCAAAGCCUAAGAAAUGUGAUAAAUGCUUACAAAAGACAGUAAAGGCCUCUUACCACGUAAUGUGUAGACCAUGUGCCUGUGAACUUGAAGUUUGUGCAAAAUGUGGAAAGAAAGAAGAGAUUGUUAUUCCAUUUAAUAAAGAACCAGAAACUUCAGAAAAUACUGAAAAUGAAGGUUUUAACCAUAGAAGAAGCUGCAAAUGGAAGGAAGACAGUGACGAGGACUUAGAUGCUGACUCUGACUCGGAUGGCGAGGAUGGGGACACUCAGGCCUGA